AUGGCAGCAGCAGCAUCACUGGGUCCUGCGGCGGUGGCGGUGGCGGCGGCGGCCGUACCCCUUCUCCUGAUCGGUGCGAUAGCGAUGCCGGCGGCGGAGGCUCAGGUGGUGGUGAUGGGCGCGUACAACGAGACGUGCCCGCAGGCAGAGGACGUGACGAAAGGGCCAUUCAUCCCGCUCCCAACCGGGCGGAGGGACGGCAACAGGUCGGUGGCCGACGACGUGGCCUUGUUCUCGCCGGCCCCAGACGCCAACAUCACUGACAUCAUCAACCUGUUUGCUAUUAGGUUCAACCUCACUGCCAAGGACGUUGCCGUCCUCUCCGGUAUGCUCCUUGUUUCGUAUAUAUCCACACUUUAG